AUGGCGAAGUUUCGAAGGGAACACAUGCUUGUUUUAUCGGCACUCAUAGUGGUCGUUCAAGGUCAGACAACCUCCACUUUGAAUGAGACAAAUUAUGAGAACUCCACAUUCAGAUACACCCCUGAUGGAAUGAAUAACACUAACGAAACUAUGGGAACCACCACUGGCCAGCCAACCUCUACUCCGGUCACUGAACGUUUCACAACGCCGAAGUCAACCAUUACUUAUGGUACGAGUGAAGUGAACUCGACAUCUGAACCGCCGGCCACAUAUGAAACCUCCACAAUAGAAGAGAUCGAUGUCGACAACGCCACAACUGAAGUGGUCACAACCGACACGCCAAACACAACGCUGGUCACUUACGAAAUGACCAAAGAGACUGCUACUGGACGCACUACAACGGACCUGCCAGUAACAACAUUGGCCACAGUGGUUGGGACUACUGUCGAUCACGCUACAACCGGAGCCACAACUGACACGACAAUGCUGGCCACGAGUGAAGAGAGUACAGUCGACAAGGCAAUAACUUCGAUUCUAAUAACUGACGAACCAACAACAAUGCUGGUCACUCAUGAAAUUACCACAAUUGAAGACACCACUGUCGACAGUGCAACAAAUGACCAGCCAACAACAGUAUUGGCCACUAAUGAAGUGACCAAAACGGAAGUGACUACUGUCGACAUCUCCACAACUGACCAGCCAACUACAAUAAAGGCAACAACUUUAAUGACCACAACUGACCAGCCAAACACAACGGUGACCACAUAUGAAAUGACCUCCACAGAAGAGACUACUGUCGAAAGUGCCACAACUAAAAUUAUAGAAACUGGUGAGCCAGCAACAAUGCUGGCCACUAAUGGAAUGAACACAGUGACCGACACCACUGGCGACAGCUUCACAACUGACCAGCCAAAACCGUUAAGCACAACUAUUAAGCAAAACACAACGCUGACCACAUAUGACAUGAGAACUAUGGAAGAUACCACUGUCGACAUUGCCACAUCUGGCGACCCAACAACAAUAAUGACCACUCCAGAUAUUACCACAGCGGGAUACACCUCUGGCGACAGCGCUACGACUUAUUCCCAGCCAACAACUAUAAUAUCGGCCACUGAUGAAAUGACCGCAACGGAAGAGACCACUGUCGAUCAUGGCACAACCGACCAGCCAAUCACAACACCGACGAGUAUUACGACAAUCGGUGCUUUUGAUCAAUGCUCUACAGGUGCAUAUUGUUUUAACAAUGGUAAUUGUACUGACGGUACAUGUGAUUGCCCUGUUGGGAUAAUCGGACAGAGAUGUGAAUACGAUUAUUUGGGAUGGUGUUCGGGCCCGCCAACGGAAAGCCGUCGUGAUAUCUACGAUGGGCGAAACCACACCAUCGUCACAUGGGCGGAUCCCAUCGCUGCUGGUGGUAACCCCAGCUGCACAGUAGAGUUUCAAUGUUAUCCACAAUCCGGCAGCCGAUUCCCGAUUGGUCAAAAUACAGUUCGAUGCACAGCUUUGGGAGAAUCCAUUUGUUCGUGUAAUGACUCAUGCGAAUUUGAUGUAUCCGUAACUGCCUGGUGUCCUGAUGAUAUAUAUAUAUUAAUGAAUGGUGGGUUUGUCACAUUCGAAGCAACACAGCCAUGGUCAUCUCAAAACUCGGUGGAGGAAUGUGCAGUGACCGAUGAUCCAAGUACAAUGACUUCCCGUGCUUCACGCGAAUGCAAUGGAAGCGCCGAAACUGGCGCAUUCUGGAGCGAUCCUGUUUUUGUUGAAUGCUACGAAAAGCCAAGUGUCAACGACUACCUGGAUAAUUUAUCAGAACAACAAGUGACAGAAGACAACGUGGCCGAAGUGUCCUUGGCUUUGAUGGCAUUGACGAAUAAAACAUCCUCUAUCGACAGUGAAGGUAUUUCCUCCACGGCUACCGUCCUGGACAACAUUAUCAGCAUCGGAAGCCCAUCGCCACAGGUUACUACAGAUGUCAUUAAUGUUGUGAAUAAUGUUCUACAAGUGUCUGAAGACUCCCUCCUGCAAAGUGACAACUCGACCUCCCGUAUCGUAAAGGCAGUGGAGAAACAGGUAUCCUUAGUCGUAUCCAAUGGCAUCAACUUUAGUGCAGUGGCUAGUAGCCUUGCCGUCAAGGCGCUCAAUGUCCCACUCACGGAGAACUUCAGAGGGAUCGUAUUCUCGACGAGGCAAAACGAAGACGGGAAUGAUAACCUCGAGGAAGAUGACGUCAACGUCUGCACCAAGUGUGAGGAGACUGGGGGAGACGGGAAGACAAUAGACACGUCUAUCAGUCUACCGGGAGAUAUUUUGAGCUUGGUUAACAUUACAGGCAAAGUGCCAAUCAGUUUUACUGUCUAUCAGAACGCUAAGCUGUUCGGCUCUGGCCGUAGUUCGUCGUCUUCUACACCCACUGUGGGUAGCAGGAUUGUCUCGGCUUCAAUUAACGGGGCCACUGUCGAAAACCUGCCGCCCAACGCGUCGGUUGUGACGUCAUUUCUGUUACUGUCGCAGGUACGCCAAAGUGACGUGGCGCGGACAAGCCGUGAGUCAAUCAAUGGAGUUGCUGACGUCACCAACAUUCAUUGCGUUUUCUGGGAUUUCAAACUAAACAACGGCAUUGGUGAUUGGUCGAAAGAGGGCUGUCAGCUAGUCUCUCUCUCCAGCAGGAGGGCAGAGUGUAAAUGCAAUCACUUAACUAGCUUUGCUGUACUCGUGGAUAUUCAUGGCCAGAAGCAGAGUAGCGUUGCCUUGGAUAUCAUAAACAAGAUAGGUUGUGGAGUGUCCAUCAUUGCACUGCUUCUUACACUCGUCGUAUACUUGGCCAUCAGGUCUCUCCGGGGGAAGUUACCAGGCCGUAUCCUCAUCUGUCUCUCAUUGUCUCUACUGUGUCUAUACACGAUUUUCUUGAUCGGCAUCGAGCAAACAGCCACCAGGGCUGGCUGCAUCCUGGUCGCCGUGUUGAUUCACUAUUUCACCCUUGCCUCGCUGGCCUGGAUGGCUGUUGAGGCGACCAACUUGUACAUGUUCCUAGUCAAAGUCAUGAACCUUGGACUCAGGCAUUUCCUUGUGAAGGCUUCCUUGCUGGCUUGGGGAAUGCCUCUUUUGAUUGUAGCAAUCAUCCUAGCGGUGGAUUACACGCAAUAUGAAAACCAACAGUUCUGCUUCUUGAGGCCUGGAGGUUGGGCAUUUCUGUAUGCUGAGAUCGUUGUGUUGGCUCUCGUUUUGCUCUACAACACAAUCAUCUUCAUACUGGUUCUCUGGAGCCUGUAUUUUCGACAACGUAUAAAAUCGACCUUGGCGAAAAACCAGAAAGGUAAGGCCGUCAAACGCAUCCAGAACUCGGUGGCCAUCUCCGUGCUGCUCGGUCUCACCUGGGUCUUCGGUCUUCUCUCCAUCUUCGAGUCCUCAAAUUUCGUCUUCCAGGUUCUCUUCUCGGUUUUCAACUCGCUCCAGGGUCUCUUAAUUUUCUUGAUGUUCUGCUGCCGACAGCAAAUGCGCGUCACCAUCAUGAAUAUGCUACCAAUCCGUAACAGGAAGGUGUUCUGUCCGAGGAUACCGGAUGAGGAGGGGCAGAGCGCCACCAAGAGUACCAAUUUCAAAUCGCAAUCUGAUGUCCAGCUGACGUCACUUAGACAGCGUGGUUCCGGUGGUAGCCUUGAUGAUUCGUACACCAAUGCGGUACAUGAGGUUUAAGAAUCCAGAGAUAAAGGGAGUUCUGCGAUUAUUAAUAAUAAUAAUAACAGCAAGUUCUUAUACACACAGCGCAUUUUCUACGUAACCGUCUCAACGCGCUUUUUACUGGUGCCCUGGUAAUUGGGCCAACAACAUUCACCUUAUCUUUCUCAGCUCCCUGGGUAUACAACCUGGGCAACCGUAUAGCGCUCCAAAGGCUUGUUCAUUCACGCAACCUCUACCCUCGCUCGAGUGUGGGGAUCAGUGCUUAAAACUCUGAUUAUUAGUCCCGAAAUAAUAGGCAUAGGCGAUUCGGUGUGGCUGGAGAUUUUUGGGGA